AUGAAAACGCAUUCUUACGUUAUUUGGAUGAAGGCAGUUGCUUUAAUCAGUGUUCUACUGAUGAGCACUCAUAGAGCAGAUUUAUCAAUAAGCGAAGUAGAGACUACUCUGCAGUUUGAAAUUGCAACGGAUUCUUCUCAAGUAGUGAUAAAUCCGGAUGGACCUCUUAACUUCCUCCGGGGGUACAUCUACCAGAAGAUGGAGUGCAUGUACAACAAAAGAUUCUUCUCCCCACAGAUCAAUACAGAUUACGAAUUAAAAGUGAAUACAGACAUAUUUAAUCUAGAAAAUCUCUAUAUAUACACUAGAGAAGAACAAAAGGACGAAGCAUACGAAGCACUACCAGAGAAUAAAAUGGAUAAAUACGCUGAGCAGUACCACAAGCAUCUGAUUGAGCUGUUUCCAUCGCCCACUGGAGACAUAACAAUUGAAACACGAGGGAACCAGUCCUUUGUUCAAUUUCUGCGAGCAAAAACAACAGAGGAGCACUCUUUAAAAAUUCUAGCCAUGCUGCUGCUUUUCUCAGAGGGAGUGAUCAUUCCCAUUGAUGUCAGCAACAAGGUACUGAAGGUCUAUGAAACAGAUAAAAAAGACAAAAUAUACUUUGAAGUGAGCAUGGUAAUCCCAUGGUUCAAUAAAGAAUCAGAAAAAGAAGAAAACUUCCAACAAAAGAAAGUUAAACAAAUGAUCAACUUUUUCAAGGAGUAUGCAACCAAUCAGGAAGUACUUAGCAUGAUGGUGGACAAGUGCUCACAAGAGGAGGUUGUGGCAGGAAAGUUCUUGGACAGUCCAAAGUUCCUGAUCCAGUCAUACAUAUUCGGGUUUAUUGACAGUGCAGACUGUGCAACUGAAUUUAUUCAGACUGUGCACACUAUGACAGAGAAGUAUGCACCAAAGACAGAAGCACCCAGCAAAGAUGACUCUGUAUAUGAUAGACUAUUCAUGCCUGCUGGAACUGUAACAGGAACAGACUGCGCAGCUUUAAUGAAGAAGACUCAAGAGACUUUAAAUGCGUACCGAGUCUUCCCAUUUGCAGAUAGCACACAGGUCCCUGCAUACAGAUCGCUUCCUCUGUACAACCGGAAAGACAAGUUGUUUUCUACUGAUCGGUUGAAAGACUACAGCAACUGUGUGGAUUGCAUGAUUCUCUCUCUCUUCUGCUGUCUGGCAUAUGAUCCAGCAAAGGGAAUUUAUCGGACAGACCAUAUGGAAAAUAUUUCUGAAGAGCUUGAAGAAUUCUUCGCUCCAGAGAACCAGCCAUUUGACACAACAAAGGCUAAGUUGCAGAAGGAGUGGUGCAGAGUUGUUGCAGACCUAGACGAGCCUAGCAUUGCAUACUGCAAGGAAAGAAACGAGCUAGACUGCGGUCUUAUAAACAUGCUCAUGGUUAUUGCUGAAGUGAUAAAUGCUCCAAAGGAAGAAAAGAAGAAAAUACUUGGGUUUUCUCAGAGUUUAAAUGAUAAACAUGGGAAACUAGAGAAAGACUUAUGUGAUGCUAUUAAAGAAUACACAGAGGUGCUAUUAAAAAGGCUAUCAAAAACAGAAAAUAUUCAAGUCGAGUUUUCUGAGUUUACAAGUGAUAACUAUAAUGAUGAAAGAUAUGAUCUAUCUGGCGAUAUUACUAUAACAUUUGAGCAUAGCUCCAUUCAAAAUACGAUAGUCAUAGGCAUCGACCCUGCCCAUAGUACCAUUGACAUGAAGCCAAUUAUUAUGAAAAAAAAGGAUGACCGAAUAGAAAAAAUGACUAAAAUAGCAGGCAUUUGUAACAAUGGGUCUACAUUUGUUGAAAACUUGUUUUCUACAUAUAUGAGAUAUGAAAUACGAAAGAUUGACAGACCCAAGAAGAGUGAGGAGUUUAUGAGGCAGCAGGUGCGCAAAACUGCAGAGAACAAGUUUGAAGACAUUAAUAGACUACUAUUAGUGAAAAAAAUUAAUGGCUUAAAAUACAAGAAGGAGUUAUUUAACUAUUCUAUUAUGCACGCCACGAACCAAAAGCUAUCUCCUGAUCAUCCUAUUGUUCGCUUUACCUCCAACAUAAUAGGAAGCAUAGAGCUAAAUAAUUGGAAUGCUCAAGUCUAUAUGAUUCCAUCAAUUGUUUUUGCAGAUCUGCAUACUAAAAACGGCAGUAAUCUUAACUACCCGAAUAUAAAAUUUUCAGAGGAAAGAUAUAAGCUUAUAUGUAUUAAUUCAAACGCCAGUUUCUUCAUUGAUUAUGCAUUCGAUUGUAAUAUGGAUGUUUUCGUAAGAUGGAUUAAGUUCUGCAUAGACAACCUCUAUACUCAAACUAAGACAACUUUAAAUCCAUUAUUAGACCCUUUAAUUAAUAGAAGGAUUUGCAAACAUAUAUUUAAAAAUGGAACUAUGGAGUGUGCUAAUGAGAUUAAAAGCAUCCUAGUCGAAAAAUACAAUGGAGGCGAUGAGGUACUAAACAUUGUACACCUCGUGUGGGUUUUCUAUCUCUGUCUUGAGGAAACCCCGGAUCUAAAGUUGAUUAAGGCGAAUAUAAAUGCCAUCCAAGAGAUUAAGCUCUUUCCAAGUAGAUUUAAUCUUUAUGUUGAUGAUUUUUUUGUAUUCCACCAGGUGGUUGAAAAUCUGAAUGCUAUGAAAGACCAUAUAUGCGAAGAUGAUAAUGACCUUGAUAAGUUUUUCUUGGUUAUUAACUUUUUUAAAGGCGUAUAUAAUCCUUCUUUCAAGUGA